UCAACCUGGCGGCUGGACUCCAGUCCCAGCGCAGUGGCUCGCGAAGCCGUUCCCAGCGGAGUGGCGGUGCCCGUCGCGUCGGCUUUGUAACUGUAAUGGGCACGGAGGGGGAAGCCGGGAGGAGACUGUUGUUUCUCUUCACGUCUGUGAUCCUGGGCUCUUCGGUGCAAGGCAAGGGUUCCGUAUACAGUUUUAAAACAGACGUCCAAGUCCCUGAGAAUGAACCCGUCAAGUUGCCUUGCACUUACUCUGGCUUCGCCUCUCCCCGAGUGGAGUGGAAGUUCGUUCAAGGCAGCACCACUGCCCUUGUUUGCUACAACAGCCAGAUCACAGCCCCCUAUGCAGACCGAGUUACGUUCUCAUCCAGCGGCAUCGAAUUCAGCUCCGUGACCCGGAAAGACAGCGGCGUGUAUACUUGUAUGGUUUCGGAGGACGGUGGCCAGAAUUAUGGGGAGGUCAGCAUCGACCUCACUGUGCUUGUGCCUCCAUCCAAGCCGACGGUCAACAUCCCCUCCUCCGUCACCAUUGGGAACAGGGCAGUGCUGACAUGCUCAGAGAAGGAUGGUUCCCCGCCUUCUGAGUAUUCCUGGUUCAAGGAUGGGAUGUUCAUGUCUACAGAUGCCAAGAAAACCCGUGCCUUCGUCAAUUCUUCCUACACCGUUGAUCCAAAGUCAGGGGAUCUGAUCUUUGAUCCCGUGACAGCCUUUGACAGCGGCGAAUAUUACUGCCAGGCACACAAUGGAUUUGGGACGGCCAUGAAGUCGGAGGCUGUGCACAUGGAUGCUGUGGAACUGAAUGUGGGGGGCAUCGUGGCAGCUGUCCUCGUGACACUGAUCCUCCUGGGAGUCUUAGUUUUCGGCAUCUGGUUUGCCUAUAGCCGAGGAUACUUUGAAAGAGCAAAGAAAGGGACUGCGCCGAGUAAGAAGGUGAUCUACAGCCAGCCAAGUGCUCGAAGUGAGGGGGAAUUCAAACAGACUUCGUCGUUCCUGGUGUGACCUGCUGUGGCUCCUCUGUUGUCCACCUGCCUUACUCAGGUGCUGCAGGCUCCGGCUGCUGGCUGUACCUGCACAGGAUGCCUUCAUUGUCUCCUAGGUUCCACGGGACCCCUUGCUUUUGUUUUAGCUAGGAUAUGACUUUAAUAAUGUCAGAUACUUCUCUUUCCUGCCCUACCUUUCCUACCACCACUGGGUGACCUGAAACUAGUUACAAAGUCUCCAUUCCCUGUUCCUGUGUGGGAGUGGACUUUUGAGUUCUAGACUAGACAGCAAAAAAACGACUGGGCUGACAGGAACCCAAAAUGAGUACCUGGCUGUAAUGGCCAUUGAAUAAGGACUUUAAGCCUAAUUCCCCAGCCUUCUCCUCCCCUGAUGAGGAUGGGUGCCAGCUGCUCCAGAGUGGGGACUGGAGAAAGGAGGGGCUGACCUCAGGUCUCCAGGCUCUGGAGUCUGCUCCUCUGUCUCCACAAAAUGUGCCACUGAGAUGCUCCUCCUGGAUACAAGCAAACUGAUACCGUGUCUAUAAAAGGUGGGAGAGCUCAGUUAACUCCCAAGAGACUUGGAGUAAGAGAUUUAAACCGAUCUAAAGAAAAGGCUGGAAUGGGUAGGGCCGUCAGUCAGUCUUCAUUUGGUAGGAUCUACUGCACAGACCCUUUUAAGAUGCGGAUGUGUACAUUAUAGUCUUGGCUCUUUGGUGGGCUGGGCUGCGUGCGUGGGGUGUGUGUGUGUGUGUGUGUGUGUGUGUGUGUGUGUGUGUGUGUGACAGAAAAAAGGGGGGAGGGCGAGACUGAGCUUAAUUGUAUAGUGAAAUUGGUUGCUCUAUGGAAGGGCUUCCUAGCUCUUUGUGAAGGUUGUGUUUCUGUGUGUUUGUAUUAGAAAGAUGUUGCUGGAAAUAAAAACUUGAUUUGUCAAACUGCUUAUUGUUGGAAGUGGGGGAAUGAGAUCUUUAAAGGGACUCUGGGCUACUUUGUAUAAACAGGAAAACACCUGAUGGUUCUGCUUUUCAGCAACUUGUGGCUGGUCCCAGGAUUGUGUUCUCAGCUGAAGGCAGAGCUUCUGGCUACCGCAACCUAGUUCCACAGCCUCCUGUCCCUAGGGUGCCAGGGCUCCUGUGAGUCCUGGCAAGUCGGGGAAGAAAGUGCCCAUCCACCCUCCUGUCCGAUGUAUGCAACGAACAUCCUUAAGGCUUCCUAGGGGCCAUUCUCCAGUCACUUGAAGAACCACUUUAAUGUUUGAGAUAGCAGGAAUUAGCAAGAUAGGUCUGGUGGUCUUUCUCUCUUCCAUCUGGAACCCUUUCAGCUUUUGGAAACUAAGCCGUCACGUAAGAGUCUUCCAUCAAUAGAGUUUUCCAGAGAUAAUAAAAUGCAGUUGGACAAUAAAAGAAAAAAAAUUGGAACAGUUCCGUAAAGAUAAAGACUUUUUCACCAGGCAUGGUGGUGCAUGCCUUUGACCCUGGCCAGCACUCGGAGGCAGAGGCAGGUGACUGUGAGUUCAAGGCCAGCCUGGUCUACAGAGUUCAGGACGGCCAGGGCUACAAGAGAAAGCCUGUCAAUAAAGGUUGUGUGUGUGUGGGGGGGGAGUUUUUCAAGUAUGUUUCAGUUGGUUGUGGGGUGGGAAUGGGGCUGAUGCAUUGUCCCUUCACUCUUUGAGAUAAACUUACUCCCUCAGGUACUUUAUAUGAGUAUGAAUCAGUCUUGGAGUUAACCUCUCAGCCUUCUACAUGCCUUGGGAAUGCCAUGUCUGCCUUCAUUUUACAAUGUCAAAACUAAUUUUUGUAAUAAAUGUUUAUUUUUCAUGUUGA